GAUUCUAACGUCCCACAAUCCAUUUCGUGUGAAGUUUUCAUGUCAUGACAAAAUGGCAACAGAAACGAAGGUUGACGUUAAAUUACUUCAAACUCUGAACUCAUCAACAUGGACUUCUAGUUUAUUGCAAGGUUUUUUAAUAGGCCAACGAACGGAAUCUGCCAUCAAAAUAAUUGGACUAGCUAGGGUUUUAGAGAAUACUAACGUUGAAAAUUAUCAGGCAUAUGUUGAAAACAAUUUAGUCGGAUCGGUGAAAAUUUGCGGAUUGGUCGUUCAAGGUAAAACUGAAGAGCCAAAUCAAAAGAUCUGGAAUCAGUUAAGAUCGUUAGAUGGUCUUGAUACAGACGAUGAUUUAAUAGUCUGUUUUCUUAAUGACAAGGAUAAGAUUACAGACAAAAGUUUUUAUUGGCUGUUACCAACAGAUGAUGCAGAACCUAGUCAAGCAGAAGUAAUUGUAGAAGAAACUAACAUAUUUUCAUCUUCAAUUAUAACCCGCAUACAGACAGAAAUAAAUCUUAACAUUCUUUCAAGAAAUGGUAAAAUAACUAAGUCAAUUCUCAAUUGCGAGUAUGAAAAACUUUGUGACGACAUUUUAGAAAGUGGCAGUUUUGUAUUCAGUAUAGAUGACGGGACAGUUCUCAUUUCCCGCGAUGAUAUCAUUGGAUUAAAGAAAAAUGCAACUGUCUCAACAUUAAAUGAAUACUUGAAGACUGGAAAAGGUCAAAGAUCACACCAACAUGAAACAUUACCAAUGGCAGUGUAUCAAAGAUUGGCAUGUAAUAAUAGUACUCCAACCUGUGCCCCAUUCAUCCAUCACAGAAUAGGAGAAGAAAAAUGUCUGACUUUGAACCUACAGAUUGAUGUUUUAUGUUUGAUUCCUAUGGAACAACCUAUAAAAGAUGUCUAUCCUAUACUCUGUAAGAGCAUAUGUUCACAGUUAGAGUACAUGAAAACAUGUUUACAAGAAUACCAACAAGGGGACAAAUUUUAUCAACCAGAAGUUUUCCAUUUUCAGCCUAAAGGCACCAAUUUCUUUCUCUCUGUAAUCUAUCCUAAAGAGUUAACUGAGGAUUUUUUACAAGUAAAGAGAAGACAACUCCAUGAUAUUUUUGGUCUCCCAUUGGAUUGUCCGAUGCUCCGAAGAUCAAAUAGAUAUAUCUUUUAUGGAGAAGAAAUUAAUGGUGGUUAUAUUUUAAAUCCCCAUACAGCAAUUGUUAAUAACAAUCCAUUAAAAGACUCUAAAUUUUACUUGGUGGAAGGAAAUUACACAUAUCAUCACUACAUGCAGGAUAAAUUUGACGACAAUAAAUGGGGAUGUGCUUACCGAUCAUUGCAGACCCUAGUUUCAUGGUUUAUUUUUCAUGGUUAUACACAAAAAUCUGUGCCUAGUCAUAGAGAAAUACAACAGGCUUUAGUUGAUAUUGGGGACAAAGAUGUCAAGUUUGUGGAAAGCAAGAAGUGGAUAGGAUCAUUAGAAGUCAGUUAUUGUUUAGAGCAUCUGAUUGGAGUCACAUCCAAAAUUCUGAGUGUCAGUACAGGAGCAGAACUUGCAAACAAAGGGAGAGAACUAGCUAAUCAUUUUUCCACCCAAGGAACUCCAAUCAUGAUAGGUGGUGGUGUGUUGGCUCAUACAAUUCUCGGUGUUAAUUUUAGUGAAGUAACUGGAGCUCUUAGGUUUUUGAUCUUAGAUCCUCAUUUUACCGGUGGUGAAAACAUCAGAGAAAUUAUUGAUAAGGGAUGGUGUGGAUGGAAAGGACCUGAAUUCUGGGAUCAGACAGCCAUGUAUAAUAUGUGUCUGCCACAGAGACCUAAAGCACUUUGAAAUAAAAUUUUAAUUCACAUAUUUGUAAAAAGCUUCUAGUCUUAUUGAAAUAAAUGUGUGAAAUGGUUUUAUGGUUUCAAUUUGAAAAUCGUUAAUAAUCUUUAAUGAGGGACAAAUUCUGUCAGAUUUUCUUGUUUACAAUAAAUCUCUGAGCGUU